AUUAGGGCGGUAGAUCACAGCGUAUCGAUAGCCCCUUUCCCUGGAGAAUUUAUUUGGAGAGGGUGCGAUGGAGGCAUUUGUUCCUGGAUUUUUGAGGCGUGGAAAAAAGGGCGUCGGUGGGCUGCGGGGGGGCCGCGCUCAGCGCCACCUCUCGCUCCCUCCCCCCAGCAAUGGGCCACCUUCGCCAGAGCCUGGUAUCUCCUGGACGCGAGGAUGCAGCCGCCGGGGAAAAUAGCAGCUGCGGCUGCCCUGAGGCUUGAAGGCAGACAUAAACCGAUUUAUCACGCGCUAAGUGAUUGUGGCGAUCAUGUUGUCAUAAUAAAUACAAGGCAUAUCGCCUUUUCUGGUAACAAAUGGGAACAGAAAGUAUACUCUUCGCAUACUGGAUAUCCUGGUGGUUUCAAACAAGUGACAGCAAGUCAGCUCCAUUUGAAGGAUCCAACUGCUAUUGUUAAACUGACUAUUUAUAGAAGGCUUCCAAAAAACCUUCAGAGAAGAACUAUGAUGCAGAGGUUGCACCUUUUCCCAGAUGAUGUUAUCCCAGAAGAUAUACAGAAAAAUCUUGUGGAAGAGCUUCCUCAGCCACGUGCAGUCCCUAGGAGGUUAGAUGAAUAUACACCUGAAGAAGUUGCUGCCUUUCCAAUAAUUUGGACUCCACCUAAAGAUUAUCGAAGGAAGUAACAAUAAAAGAAGAAGAAUUAUUCUCAGGAACAUCUGCCCUCCUUGAAAAAGAAUUCUUCUAACUUGGAAGUCUCUGAGUCGUCCCUUCCAUAUAGAAUGGUUUUGAUAAGUAUCUACAAACUUCAUUGGAAAAGAUUGUAAACAUUAUCAUAACUGAAACUGCUAAGAAUGGGUGUUGCGUUAUUAAAACACCUGUACUGUAUAUUGUACGAUCUGGUGUUUGUUAAUUAAAAUUCUUUUAUUAUUACAGAAUUGAUACAAUUUGUAUGAAUGUUUACAUCUCAAGGAAACAGUACAUUGUUUAUUGAAAUGAAGGCAUCUCACUCUAAUAAAAGUUGCAAAACUGGAAUUCCA